AUGGCUCAGUUGAAAUUCGGGAGGCCGAUUGAAUUCGAUGAGGGUUGGGAAGUUAUGGAGAUGGGUCUCAAAAAGCUUGAGAAGUUGGUCGCAGGAAAGUCUGAUUCGCAGUUCACUCCUGAAGAGCGGAUGAGCCUAUACGAGAUUGUUUACGAUAUGUGUACUCAAAAAGGUCCAUACGACCAUUCUGAAAGGUUGUACAACAAGUACAAGGAGACAUUUGAGGCUUAUCUCUCUUCAGUGGUAUUGCCUUCUCUACAAGAGAAAGAUGAUGGCGAAUCUCUGUUAAGGGAGUUUGUUAAGAGAUGGUCUAAUCAUAAGAUUGACCACGAACGUGAAGGAAAGCAAAUUGAUUCAGCCCUUUUGAAGGAUGUUGUUGGCAUUUUUGUUGAAAUUGGGUUGAAUCAUUAUGAGGAUGAUCUUGAGGCCAAAAUACUGGAUGCCACUGCAGCUUAUUAUUCUCAGAAAGCAGCUUCUUUGUGUAAUUUGGAAGACUCCUCUCCUGAUCACACACUGAAGGUUGAGGAUUGUUUGAAGCUUGAAACGGAUAGAGUCUCACGUUACCUCCAUCCCAGUACUGAACCGAAGUUGCUUGAGGAAGGUGUCGGCUGGAGGAAGAAGAGGAAGAGGGAGUUUUCAUACGUGCAUUAA